UUGGGCAAAACAAGCCACAACGUUCGCCGAAGGAACCGGUGACGUGCCACUGUCAUCUCGUUGCACGCCGUUUUAGAUGCCGGUUGGCACCUGUUCGGAAAACAAGUACAUGUCUGCAAUACUUGGAGGAUGCUCGUGCCACCGGACAUUGUGGCCACUCAGUCCAACAAGAUGCUCUAUCAGAUAAACAAGUACUACGUAGAGAGAGUCCAAUCUCGAACGGGUCAGGUGCAAAGAACCAUCCGUGAAGUGUGCAAGGUGGUGCAGGAUGUGUUGAAAGAGGUUGAGGUGCAGGAGCCGAGAUUCAUCUCGUCCCUCACCGAGUGCAACGGACGCUACGAGGGGCUGGAGGUGAUUUCACCCGGCGAGUUCGAGGUCGUUCUCUACCUCAAUCAGAUGGGCGUCUUCAAUUUCGUUGACGACGGCACCCUCCCGGGUUGUGCGGUACUCAAGCUUAGCGACGGAAGGAAAAGAUCCAUGUCUCUCUGGGUGGAGUUCAUCACUGCUUCCGGAUAUCUUUCCGCACGAAAAAUCAGGUCCAGGUUCCAGACCCUCGUUGCUCAAGCUUGCGACAAGUGCACCUACCGCGAGUCGGUAAAAAUGAUCGCGGACACAACGGAAGUGAAACUGAGGAUCCGCGAGAGAUUCGUCGUUCAAAUCACACCUGCAUUCAAGUGCUCCGGAGUGUGGCCGAGGUCUUCAGCUCACUGGCCCAUUCCGCACAUUCCCUGGCCUCAUUCCAAUCUGGUUGCCGAAGUCAAAACCGAGGGCUUCGACCUGCUCUCCAAGGAAAGUAUUGCACUCCAGGGGAAGCAGUCGGCCAUGGAGGGGGACGCUUGGGUCUUGUCCUUCACUGACGCCGAAUCAAGAUUACUCCAUGCAGGGUGUCGCAGACGCUGCCUCAGUAUUUUGAAAACCUUGAGGGACCGCCAUCUUGAUUUGCCUGGCAAUCCUGUCACCAGUUAUCACAUGAAGAAUCUGCUCUUGUAUGAGUGUGAGAAGCAUCCACAUGAAACUGAGUGGGAGGAGAGCUGCCUUGCCGAUAGAAUCAAUGGAAUCUUUUUGCAAUUGAUUUCAUGCCUUCAAUGCAGGAGGUGCCCCCACUACUUUUUACCAAAUCUCGAUCUGUUUAAGGGCAGGUCUCUCAGUGGAUUAGAAAAUGCAGCGAAACAAGUUUGGAGGUUGACGAGAGAGCUUUUAACUAAUAGUCGAGCUCUGGAGAAGCUUUAGCCUCAUUUUCCCCUCGCUUCAAAUUUAUGUGAUAUCAUGUAUGUAUGCGAAUUGCAAAGUAGUUGCAAUUUGACUCCUAUACACGCUUAAUUGCUUCAUACUGUAUAUAUUAUUUAGGAAAAUUGAAGAAACUUUAGUUCCAUAUCUUAAAUUUAAUAAAAUAUCACCCUUUACAUUUAUAAAAAAAAAUUAUAAGGGCAAACAAAAACAAAAAUAUAUAUACAUAUAUGGGUGAUUCUCCGCGUAGCGCACGAUUUGGUGUCUGAAACUUUAAAAAUAUUUUUUUAUCGAAAUGAUAAAUAUCAAUACAUAUAUUUUUGAAGAUAAAGUGUCAAGAAAUAAAUAUCCAUGGUGGGCCGGAAAAAUUUUUUAUAAUGUUUUAAUUUUUUUUAAAAAAUUAGAAAAAAAUUCUUUGCUUUUUGAAUUCUAUAAAAUAGUUGAAAUUUGAUUUAAAAUGUUUAUGGAAUUUUUUCGGGUAAUUCACAAAAAUAUAUAUAGCGCGAACGACAAUUAAAAAUUUUUAUUUCGGUAAUUUACGGAAAUUUUCGAGGUAAUUUAUGAAAAUUUAUGCGGUAAUUUACAAAAACAUAAAUAGCGCGCAAACGACAAUUAAAAAUUUUAUUUUGGUAAUUUAUGGAAAUUUAUAGAAAUUUAUUUGGUAAGUUUUAGUAAACUUACCGGAGCUAUGAUAGUUUAUAAUAAAUAUUUUUAUUUUCGUUUGUUUCAUUGUGUAUUAAACUUGCACUAGUGACGGUCGAAAUUCUGUGGCGGGUGGAGACGCUGGGGUCGGUGGAACUGGCGUUAAUAAUUUUUUUUUUGAGAAAAUUAUCAUUUAUUUUUAAUCGGUUUCAUAUGUUUCACAUAUAUAUAGACUAAAAUAAUAUAACUACACUUUAUUCAACCUUUAUUAUUUAAUUAUAUUCUAUUUUUUUAAAAAAUAUUGAAGGGUCGUUGAAUGCCGGAGGAGACGAUUUUGUGAUGCCCUGUACAAAUUUGAAUCUUGAAAUGUGUAAAAAAAGGAUAAAUCAAUUAGAAAAUUGCUUAUUUUCUUCAUGGAUCAACUUAAGGAAUAUAACUUUUGCUGUUACUGAAGUAGAACUAUAUUAACAUUUGACUUUUAUUUAAAUAAUUCAAUGUUUAAUAAUAAAACGCAGAAUAACACACAAAAGUGCAGUCAAGUAUAAAUAGCAAAAAAAAAAAGAAAAUAUUUUUUUUUGAUCAAACGUUUUUUUUAUUCAAUUCCACUACAAUAUACAAUACUAAAAUAGCAACAGAAAUUGUAUUUAUUUGUGCACAUUGCUAAAAAUAUUAACUUUUUUGUUUAAACAUCCUGUGGGGACAGGUGAAAUUUUGACGUUUUCAGCCUUAAAAACCACUUUUCACAAAAAAUUAUAAUGUUAAAUACAAAAGUAACUAUUGGUUUUUGUUUGUAAUCACAGAAAUUACCUUUUUACAUUGGAAUCGAAAUAUUAUGUGAACAUUAUUUGUGAUUUUUCUUUCACAACAUGAAAAAAGCAAAUUGUGCGCUACGCGGAGAAUCACCCCAUAUUCUAACUUUUGGCAUUAUAUAUACUAUAUUUAACGACUUUUAACUAUACUAUCGACAAAAUUAUUAGGUGUCAAUAUUUUGCACCCCUCUACUUUACGAAACAGCAAAAAAUAAUUUUCUUGAUAAAUAUUAUUUUUCUCGUUUUUCUCCUUAGAAAUUAAUAUCGAUAAAUGGAAUUGUUGAUAAAAAAGAAAACAAAUUGGUUUGUUAUACUUUGGACAAUUUGGAUAUAUUAUGUGACAACAAAACGUUAUUGUUAUUAAAUCUGUAUUAAAUUUUAUCAGUUUUCCCUGACACCGCCUACUAUUUGAAUUUUUUCUGUCUAUAAAUGCAAUAAAAAAAAUUUUGGGAAGUAAGUUUUUUGGAGGUUUUUUCAUGCUUUUUCCAAUGGUGAAUUACGUUUUUUAAAAUUUUUGAAUUUUGACCUUGAUUUUCUAUAAUUAAACAUAAAUUCGCUAUUUUCACUAAAAUCGGUCCGAUUUUUUUUUAAAUAAAUAAUUGCAUACGAAAGCUGAGGUAAACAACGUAAACAGUUACCGCGGCGCGGUAUAAGUCGACCGCCUCACUGCACGCGCCGACAUAAAAUCUUUGAUAUUUAAUAUCUCGAAAACAAAAAAAAUCAGCAUUCUGAAAAUUUAUAUACAGAUCGCUCUCUAAAUCUGAAUUAGUAAAAAAUUAACUAAUUCAUUUAGUAAAUUAAAUUUCAACUAAUGAAUUAGUUAUUUUUGGAAGUUUUACUAAUAAAAUAGUAAAAAAUUAGUAUUUGAACAUUACUAAUUUAAAAUAGUAAUCAAAUUAACUAAUUCUAUUAGUUAUUACACCCGAGUUACUAAUUGAAUUAGUCAGUUGAACGUAACCUCUAUUAUUUUUAUGACGUAUGUCAUCUUCCAUGCUCUCUUAAUUUGAAUCAGUGAAAUUUCACUGGUGAAAUAGCUAGAAGUCGGUUACUGAAUCAUUUAG